AUGUUUCUCCACGCUGGUGCCUCCCUUCACGGCCACGAGUUCUCAGGCUCGGGAAACGGCCACCCUCCACAAUCACCUACACACGCGCCCCUGCAACGGAAAAGACCAUAUCUACGAUCAGCAUUUCCAGCCCCCAUACUCCGCUCCACGACAACGCCGCCUCACGCAAGCACAUGGCCUCUGCCUCAAACGCCCAAAGCGACGAGACCCGUGUCUGAAGUCUACGUGCGACCCGUCACCGAUGUGCUCGGAGACCGUGCCGCCGCCCGGAGAUCUGUCCCUGCCGCCCCCGUCGUUCGUUUCAAGGAGCCCGAGCCGCUUGAGACCCCCAAGUCCUCCAUGACAGAAGAUGAGCCAUCCUUCUACGACUCCGAUACUUCACAGACGUCCUCGGCCGCCCGGCCUAAGCGGAGGAGAGCCACCCCUCGCAAGAGCAGCCACUACCUCCUUGCCCUGCCGGCUCCCAAGCGGGGCUCCAAGAAGCACCUGUUCAAGAACAUCCGCCCGAGGCUGCUCUUCCAGCUUCAGGAGCUCCCCGGAAACCAACGGCGGCCACGGCCGGCGAUCGAUGUGUUUCCCGCGUCCGUCAUAGCCGGGCCCAUAGUCACCGCUCGCUAUAUCAACCUCUUCCCUCGCAUAUUCGGGGUCAAGGGCGAGCUGGGCCCUCGUGAUCUGAUCUUGCUCAAGUCCGAGGACUAUGACACCGGUCUCAGUGACUCGGAAGAGGAGGAUGAGCAUGUCGGCGGCCGCCGCGAGCCCCUUGCCAUAUUGAGCCCAGUAAGGGGCCAGGACUGUGACGAGAUUGUGAUGGAGGACGGCACUGUUUGGAGGGCAACUCCGGGUCCCAAAGGCAACUACGAGUUUGUCCACAUUGACAAGCACGGAAUCACGCAGACUGCACGGUGGGCCAAGCGGAACUCCACCAGGAGCGUCUCGAACCAGAAGAGCGCAAACAGGCUCUCGUCAUCGGCUGCUACAGUGGCCAGCGACGCCACGUCUGCCGCGGAGCCGACCGAUUACAAGUACACAUUCAGCCUCAUCAACCCGCAGUCCAGGCGCCACCCGAUCCUGGCGAACUUGACACCCAGAUCGCUCGAGGUAUUCGAGGACUACACGACGGUGUCGACAUCACAGGGCCGCUUCCCGCCCUCUCGCCCUAUGAGCUACAACUUCGAUUCAGCGAGCGCCAGGGACCCGCCGCCGUCCCCUUUCUCUGCUGAUGAACCCUCCGCCGAGCGCCAGACCCACGCAGUGGAUGAUGAGACCAAGAAGCUCAUCACUGUCACGGGCCUCUGGCUAGCCCUGCGACUCGGCGGAGCGGCGCCCGACUCGGCCGAGACGAGCGAUGCGGGCGCCGCUCACCCGCGGGAACCGUCCGUUAGCAUAUCAUGCGCAUCCCAUACGCUCAAAUUGCCCAGGCGGUCGACUACGAGCAACAUCAGCAGCAAUACGCCACCGCCGGCGCAGUCUGGCCUCAGGAGGGCAGUCAGCACGGGCGCGGCCUUUAUGCAGCGGCGGAUGCUGAAGCAGUCUCACUCCCAAUCGACCGAGAUGGGCGGCAACACGGUGGUGUUACCAGAGAAGCAGGCCGGUGUACACAGUGUAGCGGGCGAUCACAGAGAUAGUGAGAGGGAGACGAGUGCUGGCACAGGAUGUACACCUGUACAAAAGCAGACACGGAGGGUGAGCUGGCUUAAGAAGCUUAAACACUAG